AUGUCAUUUAUCGCUCGACUACCGGCCACCACCUCCCGCCUGGGAUCGAGGGCAGCGGUUCUCAAACCAGCCUCAGCAACAGCAACAGUUCGUGCCAGUUCGUCACUGUCGAGUGGCCCCGAGAGCAGAUCGCUCAAUUCCAUCCUCAUCGCCAAUCGCGGUGAGAUUGCCCUACGAGUAGGACGAACAGCUUCACAGCAUGGCAUUCGCGUAACGACUCUAUAUACAGACCCGGACGCCAGAGCCCAGCACGCGUUGAGCUCCCCAUUCUCAUUUAAUUUGGGCGAAACAUCAGCGUAUCUCGACGGUGACCGCAUUAUUGAAAUAGCGAAGAAGGAAGGGUGCCAGGGUAUACAUCCCGGUUACGGUUUUUUGAGCGAGAACUCGACGUUUGCGCAAAAAUGCACCCAGGCUGGCUUGGUCUUCAUUGGGCCGCCACCUAAAGCUAUUGAGGCGAUGGGUGAUAAGAGUCGAUCAAAGGAGAUUAUGACAACAGCUGGCGUCCCAUGCGUUCCCGGCUAUCACGGAGAAAACCAAGAUAUGGAUUUCCUCGAGGCGGAGGCGGAGAGGAUUAAAUUCCCUGUUCUAAUCAAAGCGGUCAAGGGAGGUGGUGGCAAGGGAAUGCGCAUCGCAAGCUCCAAAGAGACAUUCCGGGAUCAACUUAUCUCUGCUAAAUCAGAGGCGAUGAACUCAUUUGGGAACGACACAAUGCUGGUUGAGAAGUAUAUUACGACCCCACGACAUAUCGAGGUGCAAGUAUUUGCAGAUAAGCAUGGGAACUGUGUAGCGUUAGGUGAGAGAGAUUGCAGCAUCCAGCGACGUCAUCAGAAGAUCCUCGAGGAGUCCCCUGCGCCGCACUUGCCGGAAGCUACGCGGAAGGAUAUUUGGGAUAGGGCGCGUGCAGCGGCAUUGGCUGUUGGUUACGAAGGAGCGGGGACUGUGGAAUUCAUCUUUGAUAAUGAUACUGGGGAGUUCUUCUUCAUGGAGAUGAAUACCCGGUUACAGGUCGAGCAUCCAGUUACGGAAAUGGUUACGGGUCAGGAUCUGGUUCACUGGCAGAUUUUGGUUGCGGAAGGUGCACCUUUGCCGUUGACACAGGAUGAAAUUGAAGCUAUCAUGGCGACAAAGGGCCACGCCAUUGAGGCGCGAAUCUACGCUGAAAAUCCAGAUCAAGGAUUCAUACCGGACUCCGGCCGUCUGCUACACGUUCGAACCCCAGAAACGACAGAGGAUGUGCGGAUUGAUGCUGGUGUCAUUGUUGGAGAUGAAGUUUCGUCGCAUUACGAUCCCAUGAUCUCGAAGUUGAUUGUCCGAGGAUCAAACCGGACCGAAGCUCUACGGAACCUAGAAAUGGCGCUGGAGCAAUAUGAAAUCGCAGGACCCAUCACCAACAUAGAAUUUUUGAAGCGGGUCUGCAGGAGUCCAGACUUCGUCUCCGGGAACGUGGAGACGGGGUACAUCGAGAAGCACAAGGGAGAACUGUUUGCCAAGGAACCCAUUGAAGAUGAGGUUUUGGCACAGGUUGCAUUAUCUUGCCUUCUCAACGACGCAAGCGGUGUGAAGGUGGCGGGUCCAGCUGGGGCAACGGUUGGGUUUAGUCCUGCAUAUCAAGAGCGGCAGUUUGCGUUCGUAGAAGCCGCACAGACACCCUCAGAAACCACAGCGAGCGCUGCCCCUUUUAACGUCCAAAUACAACAAACGGGCGACACAACAUUCAACAUCGUCGUCAAUGGAAAGAGUUUUGAGAAUGUUAAGGUUGAGCAGCAACAUUCAGCCCCGUCUUCUAACGUUAUCGCCUCGUUCUUCCCACAUACGAGACUUAACACGACAAUUAUUCGCGAUGAAGAUAUGAUCACCGCAUUCCAAAGGGGGAGGCAGUAUCGGUUGAAGAUCCCGCGGGCGAAAUGGAUGGAGAAGGCGUUGAGGAUUAAGGAUACGGCGAAUAGCGUGUUGGCGCCGAUGCCAUGUAAGAUAUUGCGGGUGGAGGUUGCGGAGGGGGCGACGGUGGUGAAAGACCAGCCGCUCGUGGUUAUUGAGAGUAUGAAGAUGGAGACUGUCAUCCGGAGUCCACACGACGGGACGAUUGAGAAGAUUGUGCAUAAAGCUGGGGACAUAUGCAAAGCGGGGACAGCGCUUGUCGAGUUUGCAGACGCUUCCUCUAGGGCUGAGAAGGCUUCUUAG